CGUCUCUCUACCUUGCGGAAGUAUCGUGCGUUACGAAUACGAGGCUAGGUCCUGUCGUUGGAAACCGGGAUAUAUUUGGUAAACGAGAAAUAGCAAUAGUGACGUAUGGUCAAGGUUAUCGAGGAGAAUAAGUCUAGGAUGACGUUCGAGUCGAAUAGUUCCGAGGAAAUGUGAAUAAUCUAAUCGGGGAGGUGUAUCGAAGAAAAGGAGAGGAUGUGCGAAAUAGUAAAAGGCCAGCGUAGAACGUUUCGGGAUCAGGAUCCACCGCGAAUAUGCAAGAGAAGCAACGACAACUUGAAAAGCGACCUUGAAUUUUCCAAGUCGACACCAAAUUCGCCGACGAUCCUUCAGCGUGCGUCCAGCUUGGAGAAGUGCUUCAGCGAGCCGGAAUUCCUCGAGAAGGACCGGCAGAAUUGGAAAAAAGAGAAAGGAAAGUUGGCCACGCAGGAAAGUACCUCGUGUGAUUCUGUUCGAGGCUCGGACGACAGUGUCAAGGCACCUGAGACAAUUGAACAACCUGGUUUUUCAAAUCGAACCAAUUCCGAGAACUUGUUGAAAGAACUCUCCGACAAAGUGCCUUCGUCUGGGCGCCACAACCAUGAGGUGAUCACUAACGGUCUGAAGAGCGAAACGGACAGCUGCGACGGUUUAACAAACGGUAGAAAAAUGGCGCCAGUACUAGGUGUACCACCCCCGCCUCCACCUGCGCCACACAUGGGACCAGACGGAUUGAUCUUGCCGAGGAAACCGUGCAACCCUUACCUCACAUCCAGCAAUCACAAAGACCUCCGCAGGGAAUUGUUGUUCAAUCAGAAAGUUGGCAAGAACGUGCUGAAUCAGAAGAGCGAGCUCCAGCGAGCGCUCGAGAAGCAGAGGGAGGCUGCCUCCAGGAGAGCGGCUGAAAAGAAUCGAGAAGAGAACUACAAAGACGAUCCCAGAACCGCGCUCCAGAGGGCCAUCGAGCAAAGGGCGAAGAACAUCGAGAUGGCACUGGAACAGUCGCAACCAACGACCACGAUGGAACCACCGAGCAACCUUUUGAUCACGGCGAGAGCGAAGCUGAAACCGCGCACAGAUUCUCAAUGAAGUUCAGAUAAAGCAAGAGAAAGAAAGGAAAAAAGAGAAAGGUCGAUCGUGAAACGCGAUAAGGAUACUGUCAUGCAGAAGGAGCAACGAUUCAGCCGUUGCGUCGCGACGCAGACUUUCGUCACAUUUUGUAACCUGACCACGUGUACAUAGAAUGCGUAAUCUGAUAAGAGAGUAAUCGUUAUAUGCAAAGGAGGAUUAUAUGGAAUUCGUCGUGAUCGUCGUCGAAGGUACAAUGUUGUAACGCAAACAAGAAAAAGCAAAGGUCGUCGUGUCUGUCGACAGAUUUAUCGGUUCGAUAUAUAUGUAUACACGUAUAUAUAUAUUUAAUCAGCGGUGCGGCGCUUCGUAACUUGUGCGUCUUUCGUGUUAAAGUAGAUAAUUGCCUUACUCUUCCAAAGUUGUCAGAGAGCGCGUACGCGCACACCACACGAUACGUAUCGUCUUUAAAGCGACGUUAGUCUUGUUAGGUAGUCUAGCCGUGACGUGGUCUGCCACGAAACAAUUUGUAUUCGCGCGGGCGAGCGCGUGUGCUCGAACGUUGUCGUAAAAAACGCGACGACGAGUUAAGGCCUCGAAUAUCCCCUCGACCAACAUCUGUCGUGCCUACGCGAGUCACAUAAGUACAUACAACUAAUGAUGCAUUCGCAUCUUUGUUACUUCGCUUAGUUAUCUGUGUAAGAAUAAAGUGUCGAGGUUUGCAACAAAUAGGCCUUCACCGAACGCCUUCAUAUUUUGUUACGUGCUCGAGCUUUUUUUCCAGAGCGUUCUCGUAUAAGGACGAAUACACCGAUAGUGUAAUUAAGAGAGAGAGAGAGAGAGAGAUCAGUCAUGAAUAGCGUAGAAGAGAAUUCAAAUGAAUAAUGCAAAAAUAUGUAUACAAGUGUCCGAUGUUAGUUUAUUAUAUCGUGCCUGAUAUUUGUACGAAUACAAGACCUGAAUAUGAAGUACAUACAGAUAGUUUUUUCCACGAUAGACGGAAUAGUAGAAUCGGUACCCUGGGACCAUCGUACAUUCGUAAUAACUACUAGCAGUUAAAUAAAAAAGACAUCUGAUAGGUUGAUGUAGCAGCAUUUAUUACACUCCAGUGUUCAUAGUUUUCAGAAAAGGAAUGAAAUAUAAUAUUGUUCUACUGUACUGUUUCAAUCAACAACGUGUAUCCUAAGGAAUGUAAUCGUUUAUCCGAAUUUACCGACAUUUCAAUCGGUAACAUUCUCUAUUCGAGUACAUUCGCUUCUAUUACUUCGGAGGUAUGGUAAACGUAAUCACGGUAUUUCAAAAUAAUCGUCAAUUUUGAUGAAACAGUCAAGUAACUGGGUAGUAAGUUUAAUGUAUAGCGCGACCGUACACUGGUAAUUCUAUUACUAUCGUGCGUAAAGUGCGUUAAAUUCUGAUCGGUGCAAAUCAAUCGUAAUCUUUACGACUAAUCGUCGCAUUGGUACAAUUAAAGUAUCAAAUAUAUUUUAUUCAAUACCGAAAAUACUCUCUUCACUUUUGCUAAUCCGUAGAAAAGUAAGAAGAAACUUGUUGAAGAAAAAAAAAAAAAGUCUAAAGAAAAAGAAAAAAUAUGUAAGAAUGUUAAACGCGAUACUAUAAUACAACCUCGAUAAU